AUGAAGUCCAUCUUCACUGUUCUUCUGUCCUUGGUGACGCUCUCCACCUGCCACUACACAUUCCCCGCCCUCGUGGUGAACGGAGUGUCGACUGGCGACUGGGUGAGCGUCCGAAGGACGAACAACUUCCAGACCAACGCACCCGUCACCAAUGUGAACAGCCCCGACUUCCGGUGCUACACCUCCUCGACCACGGCGCAAACUGCUACAGUGACGGCUGGGUCCCAGCUUGGGUUCAGGUUGAGCCAGGCUAUCUAUCACGCUGGUGUGGCGAAUGUAUACAUGGCGAAGGCACCCGGCAGCGUUAAUGGAUGGGACGGAAGCGGGCAGGUCUGGUUCAAGGUGGCCCAAGUCUCAGCGGUUACGAAUGGCGGCAGCUCCAUCUCGUUCCCCACCGAUAACCAAAGCCAGAUCAAUUUUACCGUCCCGAGGAACCUCCCGGACGGCGAGUACCUGGUCCGUGUUGAGCACAUCGCGCUGCACAGCGCUUCGAACGUCGGAGGAGCGCAAUUCUACAUCAGCUGUGCCCAAGUCAAGGUGACCAACGGAGGAAAUGGAACGCCUGGACCUCUCGUCUCUAUUCCCGGAGUGUACAACGGCAACGAACCCGGCAUCAGGAUCAACAUCUACUACCCCAUCCCAGCGACGUACAGCCAGCCCGGACCUGCCGUCUGGACCGGGUAA